GUGUUAGGUGCUCUGGCUAACCGAUGGCAGUCUACCGCCAUCACCAGCAGAUGUUUGUGCUGUGGCUGUUGAUAGUAAAGUCGCUCGGUGGUGCUGUUGAUGAUGCUCACCAGCAGCACGUAGUAGAGCGGUGGGUGUCUUGCAUCGGUGCGAUAGUGCAACGGCAUGCCGACAUCGUGAGGCACGAGCUGAACGCGUACACGCUGAGCGACAGUAUGGCGGGCUCUUGGUUCCGGGAUGAUCUGUUCGACCGGUUGCUACCGUUGGUUACCGGUGCGGCACACCGCGACAACAGUAACGGUGGCUCCUUCUUCACCUUCAACCUGGCACGGUACGAGCGUACGGUUGACUACAACCAGAACAACCUGGUGCUUGUCCUGAUGGAUGAUCUGCAACAGUUCGCGGCCCAUCUGCCCGCGUUGGUGGCGAAGAAUGUGGAACAGCGGGGAUACUUUCUGCUGCUGGUGGUACCGACGCUAGGCAGCGUCACGGAACAGGCUCAAAUAGCCGAUCUGUUUCGGCGACUGUGGGACGUGCGGAUACACAAUGUGGUGUUGGCGAUCGGUUACCGCGACAAGGACCUGAUCGAUCUGCACGUGUACGAUCCGUACGGGCCGGGAUGCUGUGAAUGUAGCCGACCGAAGGUGCUCGCCCAAUGUCGUGAUGGGCAGCUGCUAAAUGGCACCGCACCACUAUACGACCGGUUCGAGCGCAAUCUGUACGGCUGUCAGCUGAGGGUGGCUUGCUUCGAGCGGGCACCAUUCAUGCGGUUUGUGAACGGUGGGUCCCCGAACAACACCACUGCUUCUUCGACCCAGCUGUCCCACCAAAGACUGGCGGGAAUUGAAGGAAAUCUGGUGGAGUUGCUCGCAAGGCAUCUCAACUUUCGCGUCACCGUCGUACAGCCGACCGACGGAAAGCUGUGGGGUAGGAUAUAUCACAAUGGGUCGGCAAACGGUGCACUAGGGCUGCUGCUGGGAGAUGCCGUCCACAUGACGGUAGGCGGCUACUUCCCCUACCCAAUGCUGCUCGCCACGACGACCCAAUCCCGCAACUACUACAUGACCGACCUCGUCCUGGCCGUACCGGAAGCUCUCGAAACGGUUAGCCCACUCGAGCAGCUGCUCAAACCGUUCCAACUCACCAUCUGGCUGGUGGUGGCACUGGAGUUAGUGCUUGGUUUCGCUGCCCUACGCCCGUACGCCGUAUCGCUCAACUUCUGGCGUGCGUUCAUCGGCGAAUCGUUACCCGGCCCCGCUACGCCACGCCGUACCCAGACCCGCUUCGUGCUGGUGCUCUGGAUCAUCCAUUGCACGCUGCUGCGCGAAUGCUACAAAGGAUCGCUGGUCGGCUAUCUAACCGAGGCGACCCCGCUCAACGAUAUACACAGUCUCGCGGUACUGCUCCAGGCCGGCUAUCGGUUCGCCAUGACGGAAACGAUCUACCACAAGGUGUUCGACGAGUCGCAGUACCAGCUGGGCGAGGACCGGGUGCGACUGUUCAAGCCGGCCGACGGUGCCGCCCUGCUGGAGCAAACGAUCCGCACCGGUGAGCGGGUAGCGCUCGCCUACACCCGCGAAGAGAUCAUCAAGUUUAACGAGCGCAACCGGUCGGAUCUGAACUAUCGCACCUCGGACGAGAAGCUGCUGACGUUCCACUUUGCGAUGUACUUCAAGCGGUCCAGCCCGAUAGCGGGCGCGUUCGAUUGGUACAUCCGGCGCGUACAGGCGACCGGGUUCAUCUCGCGCUGGCAUCACGAAAAUCUGGACCUGCGGUUCGAGCGUCCAACGCUGGCCCACAACGGCCAGGCCGAGGUACUGCAGGUGCACCAUCUACUCGGCAGCUACCUACUGCUGCUGGCCGGCCUAACGAUUGCUACACUCAUCUUUACCCUCGAACUGCUCUGCGCACAGCGUAAGCGUACCCAGUCGGUGGCUCGCAACCGUUACCCGUACGUACACGAGCUCACCUACCGUCGCAUCGUCCUUCACGGCACUACCCAGCCCCAAUAACCGCGUUUACCCCAACAGCGUCUUCAAGAAGCGACCAUUACCCUGUUCAGAGCUUUCGGUAUAAAAAUGGCCAGCACCAAUCAGCGGACCAGUCAGUCCGUGUCUACCGCGCACCUUCACCAAACAUGGAAACGGUACAGCUCUUCAAGGCGAUGGGUCACCGCGUAGCGAAACUACCCCCAGCACAACAGCUCGAAAUCAUCGACACCGUACGGCAGAUGAUAGACGCAUCGCAGAAGCUGAACCGCAGCGCCGCACUCGCCCACGCCGACUUUCAACGUCCCGCACACUACAACCUAACGAAAAGCGUCUCCCAGUCGGCGGCGUCCCCACUCAACACUGCUUCACCGCCAAUGGCGACGGCAUCGCUCGUGUCCUCCCCAUCUUACGUACUGUAAGUGUCAAACAUCCCGACCGAAACUCUACGAUCAAAGAUGGUGAACAGGCAAGGCAAUAUGGCGAUAAAUGCUGCAAAACACGUACCUAGUGAUAUAGCGCUAUAGGUAAUGGGGCGCCAGAAGGGCGAAUCUAUCAGCAAAAACAAGUUUCUAAAAUAUACUACACAUUCUU